GACAUAUAGUUUGUAAAUAUAAUAUCCCUUGUUCAUAAUAAUAAUAAUAAUAAAUAUAUGUCUUUUUUUUUCCUUUACUUUUCUAUUUUUUUUUUCUUAAAAAAAAAAUGUCAAAUAAAAUUGCAGUUAAUGUCAUCAAGAAUAGAAAGAAAUAUUUUACAGAAUUACCUUCAUUAAAAGUAUUAUCACGACCUAGUCAUGAACGAUCUGAAGUAACCGUUUAUGGUAAUUUUUUUGAAUACGUAUAUAUAUUUGUUUACUUGUGUAUUAACAUUGACGGGGGGGAGGAAAGUUACUCUUGGCCAUCAGGAAAUUCUAAUUCUAAUAUUCCUAUACCCAUUGCUUCAGUUGGAUCAUCAGCUUAUUUACUUUUAAAGAACUUUAAACAACUUAAAAAUUUCAAGUUGCCAACGCCAACAUCCAUUGCAGGUGCUAUUGCACUCGAUAUAGGGCUUCAUGCAACACGUUUAGCCUAUCAAUUUAAUAUAGCAACCAAAGAAAGUCAUGAAAGAGCAGAAAUGUUGGCUUGGCGAUUAUUAGAUUUACGUAGAAAACAUGAUUAUUUAAGAGUAGUAGGUCAUUCCUUGGGCUGUAGACAUAUUGUAGAAGCAUGUUCAUUAAUGAAUUUUGAAGAAAGGCCAGAUUCAAUUCAUUUGUGUGCGCCAGCUUUGGUAGCACGAGAUAUUGUAGAUCAUAUUAAAAAGGGGACAACACAUGGAUUAUUAUUAGGACAAAAAAAGACACUGAUUUACUAUUCAAAAAAGGAUAUCACUUUAGGUAUUUUAUUGCGAACACUUUUAAUGGGCGAACAGGCUAUCGGUGAAAUCGGAUUACCGGAGCAAAUAGGAUUUGUUCAAGAUUGGCUUGAUCCCAGUGUUCGAUCCAUGGACGUUAGUAAAUCAUUAGGUGGUUUUUAUAUUGGUGCUCAUACAGACUAUGCAAAUAAAUUUCAUUAUUUUGCGCAGCCGUUUUAAUUCGUCCAGUCAGUAGUAAUUAUAAUAAUAGUUAGUUAGUUAAUAGAAAC